GGCAAACAUCGCGCAAGAUCUCGAACUGUUGUAUCCGGAAGCACACGCACGCAAUUAGUGUUGUGGCCAAAGAUCGCAGAACGAUGGAGCCCAAGCCGUCCGAGGGCGACGGCGCCAAGACGCUGGCCCGCGCGACCAAGAUGGUGCAGGUAGCGACGACGCGGAAGCAUGCGCUCAACCGCACGGACGUCUACAGCCUCCUCCAGGACUGCUUCUCGCCCGAGGCGUCCAACGCGCUCAAGAUCCUGGGGUACCGCCUGAGCUGCCUCGCGCCGUCGUGCAUGUCGACAGAGCUAUGGCAGUUCGUCUUGGAGAGCGCUGUGAAGGAGCUCGCGGGCGCCAGUACGCAGGGCUCGGCCCCGACGCUCGUGCACGUGAUUCCCGUGUUUGACGUGCUGCCGACGACCACGAUAUUGAGCUUCCUUCAACAAGGCGAAGCAGAGCCUCUCAAGAAGAUCCAAGCGUGCGUUGGCCACGAGUCGCUUCUCGUUCGGCAAGUGGCCCUCGGCACGUUCAGCCGCAUGACGAUCCUCUGCAUCAAAGUGCUCUUUGCGCGCGGCCUUAGCCGGUUCCCGUUCGAGUCGAACGAAGCGCGCAUCGUCGCCCAGCAAGACGUCACAUCCAUUAUCAACGACAUGUGGAAGAUGAACGUACACGCGGCCGAGGCGGACGCCCCGUCCGUCGCCGCAGCGGCCUUCACGAGCCUCGCACACCUCUUUGAGCGUAGCCUCGGUAUCCAAGAGGUCACUCACUUGGACCUCGACUUGAACCCAGUGCGAGAGGAGCGCGGUCUCGAUGAGCUCGUCUCGCUCGUGUACCGCAUGGCUGCCCCGCGCUUCGAGUUCCUUCGCGCCAACGCCGAGAAGAUGCCAUUGGAAGGCCAAUUGGACGCAAUGAAGUGGCUCGCGAUGCUCUCCUACAUGAUGAUGCAGCGCAGUGGCGGCGCGACGCCCGGCCUUGCGAUUGCGCUUGUCGAACUGGACACGGGAUGCGGCCACGAUAACGAGAACGCGUCGACGGCCAAGGUGCGCGUCGACGUCAUGGUCGGCGACAUGGUCGAUGCGUGGCUCUUACCAGCCUACGGGAAAGCGUCCCUCUUGCAAGCCUACACCAUCGCCCAAGCUGUGCACAUCAUUAUGGCCCACCCGUUGCAAACGUUCUCGCGGCUCAAGUGGUCGUCGCUGCUCGUCGCUCGCUUGGCGGCGAUGACGCAAGCCGUGUCAUCGGCGGCCAUGGCGUCGAGCGUGCAAGACCGCGAACACAUGCUGCGUCUCCAAAUUGCGCUCCUUCCAUCGACCAACACGUACGACUGCCUCCAAGCGCUGCAGCCAACGAUGAUGUCGAUCGUCAGCAUCGACGCCUCUGCGCACCGGCAGCACUUUUUUGCCGACGUCUGGCGCGCCAUUGUGCCCCGCUUGUGUCGCAACGGCCAGCUCCCGCUUCUCGAAGCGCUGUGCGCAAGUCCGCUCUUCCACGGCUGCGCCUUCUUCCUCGCAUCGGGCACCAAGAGCCACGCGUCGUGUCCGGUUCAGCAAACGUCCUACGAACUGUUCAAGGCUCUUGUUGAGAGUCUCUUGACGUCGGCAGAGACGCUGGCAGCGCAAUGGGUCGUACUCAAGCAGUUUGCGCCCAUCUUGUCGAGCAAAACGACGUCGGAGCUCCGGCACGCGACGCUACUGCUGUACACGUGCCUCCUCACGCAUGCGUGCAGCCUCUCGCGUGACGCGUCGUCCGUCACGUUUCUCCACAAGUUUGUCGAGCCGUUGGCGUUAAAGAGCUUGCCGUACCCCAACGUACGCGUCCAGCUCUACUGGCUCUGCUUCAAAGUGCUGCCGCCGAAGACGACCAGCGACAUCUUUCUCGCUUGGGUCACGGCCGAGCUCGACCACAUGGAAGCUCACAAGGAUGCCGAUGCGCCGCCGCCCAUCGCACUGAGCAACGACGGGCUACUGGGCCAUCCGCCGACGGGCCGACGACCGCUUGCGACGCACGAUCUGGCUCGUUUCUUUGCCCUCAUCCUCUCGUUGAAAGCUCUCUUGGCCCGAGAGCCCGCGUUCAGCCAAGAGGUCCUCCAGGUUCUCGGUCGCGUGCGCCAGCGCCACGCCACGCACCGCGUCAUUUGCGCAACAGUGGACCAAGCGAUGGAGGACGUUUCGAGCUCGUCAGCGCGACCCCGUGACCUCGACGCCCUGCCCGUGUGCAUUUUGCCUGAUCUCUUUAGCGUGUCGGCCACAUUUCCGCAAGUCUCGUCGACAGGCGUGCGUCGUCACCACGCGCCGUCCUCGAGCAGCGUCGGCACCGUCGUCUCGGGGCCCAUGGAUCCGCUCUGCCUUCAAAUCUCGUUCCGCGAACCGUCGGAAGCGCCCGAGCUCGUGGCGCUCGGCAUCACGAUCGUAAAUGCGAGUUCGAUCGCGUUUUCCAACUUUAGCAUUCUCGUUGGCGCCAACGGACCCGUGCGAUCGAUGGGGACAGCCGAUAGCACCCUCGUGCGCGUCACUGACGAGCUCAAGCAAAGCGGCAGCAUCACUUCGGAGAAGGUGUUUCAGUUCCAGUACUUUGGCCGCGCCCAAUUCACCUUCCGCGUCGUCUACGAAGGCGAGACUCCGCUGCGCAUGGGCCUCAGCGACGCCUACGCCAUGCCUUUGGAAGCGCUUUUGCAACGCCCGAGCUCGCGCGACGCGGCGGCUUUCCAGUCGCACUGGCAAUCUGCGGUAGCCAACCGCGUCUACAACGUCACUGCGUCCUCGACCUUGGCGGUGCACGACCUCAUUGAUGCGCACGACAAGAUCGAGCGCAUUGACGGGCUCGACCUCGUGACCCCCGAGUGGGCUCAAUUUCACUUUCUCACGACGACCAAGUGGAAACAAAACGUUCUUCUCGUGCUCUCUGCAGCGCGGGACGACGGCUGGCACGGCACGUGGGAGGUACGGGGACCCUCGUUAGUGGUUGCCGAGCUCGACAAGAGCCCCGCUGAGCUUUUGCGUUUGCUGUCAUCCAGCCUCGACGUUGCCGCGGUCGCAGUGCCCGAGAAGCGGCCAGCAGCAACGAGUCCUCGCCACGGCAAAACCAAGGACCCCCUCUCGCCAUCAAAUGCCGGCGGCCGCGACCAAGUCCGUGACAGCACGCCGACGACGACGCGGCGAGCGCUCAUGAGCUUCUUUGGCGCCAAAGCCCAGUAGCGAAGAUAUAUAUGAAUUGAAUCAAUAUACAGUCUCUGCUUGGAAGGA